AUGGCAGACACCUGCUGCUCCAGGACCUACGUGGUGGCUGCGUCCACCCUGUCCGUCUGCUCCAGUGACCUGAACUGUGGCAGCCGCGUCUGCUCACCCACUGCUUGCACCAGCUCCUCCUGGCAGGUGGACGACUGCCAAGAGAGCUGCUGCGAGCCCCCCUGCUGUGCCCCCAGCUGUUGCCAGUCCAGCAGCUGCGCUCCCACAUGCUGUGCCCCAGCCUCCUGCCUGACCCUCAUCUGCACCCCUGCGAGCUGCGGGUCCAGCCCCUGCCCGUCAGCCUGCACCAGCUCCUGCCAGCCCUCAUGCUGCCAGCAGUCUAGCUGCCAGCCCUCCUGCUGCAGCUCCUCUCCCUCCCAGGAAGACUGCUGCAAGCCCGUCUGCUGCACCCCUGUCUGCUGCAAGCCCGUCUGCUGCACCCCUGUCUGCUGCACCCCUGUCUCCUGCAAGCCCGUCUGCUGCACCCCUGUCUGCUGCAAGCCUGUCUGCUGCACCCCUGUCUGCUGCACCCCUGUCUCCUGCAAGCCCGUCUGCUGCACCCCUGUCUGCUCUGGGCCCUCCCCCUGCUCGGCCUCCUCCUACUGCCAGCCCAGCCUCUGCUCCUCGUCCUGCUGCAGACCGUCCUCCUGCGUGUCCCUGCUCUGCCAGCCCGUGUGCAGACCCGCCUGCUGCGUGCCUGCCUCCUCCUGCUGUGCCCCUGCCUCCUCCUGCCAACCCAGCUGCUGCCGCCGGGCCUCCUGUGUGUCCCUGCUCUGCCGCCCUGUGGGCUCCUGCCAGGUCUGCUGCGUGCCCACCUCAGCCCAGAAGUCCUGCUGCUGA